UUAGACUAGAAAAAUAUAACUGACAGACGCAAAUGUUUAACCAAAUAUUUUUGGGUUGCGAUCUCUAGUGCAAAAUAACGCGGUCAAGUGUGUGCAGUGCAUUUUGAGUAUGAGAUGCAUUAACUAAAACAACAGACAAGAUGAAUAUAUAUACCAUAUAUGAUUGGAUCACAUCAUUGCUGCGUCCGCGCAGUGGUAGUGUCUGUUAUAAGGCUAUAGAGACGCCUGAGGACGUUGCUGCAGCAUCAACAGCAACAGCAGCAGCAACAACAACAGCAACAGUUGCUGCUGUUAAGCCACACGUAACAGUAAAGAGCAAGAGUCGAACUUGUGGCGAGGCACAACAUGUGCAUGUCGAUCUUAUACCAACAUUAAACUUUAACUUCCAAGCAACAGCAACAACAACAACAACAAAUAGUAAGGCAGCAACAUCUACAGACGACGCUGAGUUAGCGCAACAUGUUGCUAAGACAGCGUCAGCAACAUGCGCUGUUAAUGAAGACGAUGCGGAUGCUGAUAACAGUUCCAUACGGACAUAUAUAGUGUCAAGCAGCUUUACAACAUCGAGCAGCACACCCUACGCCGUGAGCUCCACAGACACUGCGGAGCUAUUGCGUCAACAGAAUAAUCUCAGUUUGACUGAGGACGAGCAGACGAUUUCAUCGUUUAGCAUAGAGCAGCCCACCAGUUCCAUGACCAUUGACAUGGCUGAGCCACAGCAACAAACCGCAACAACAACCACAAGAAGUGAGGUGACCAGCAGCAGCGAUGUGCUGGGCAGAGGAGCUACCAACAACACAACAACAACAACGACGACAACAACUAGCAGCAGCAUAGAAGAGGAAAUUGAGGAGGCAUUGGAGCUGAGUGAGGGCGUGGAGGAGCAGCUGCGCUCCAAUUUAGACAGCACAACAGAUGCCAAAUCCUCACAAGCGCCAAGGGAACAAAGUGCCAAAGCCGACAGCAGCGAGGAUGCUGCACAGUUUCGCAUCGAUGAUGCAGAACUCUCGGGCGGACAGCUGGCGCAACAUUUUCUAGUCGCCGACGACAGUGACGAAGAGGAUGAGCAGGAAGAUGAACAGCAAACAUUAUCAGAGGACGAUGAUGAUGACGACGACGACUUUGAUAUAAGUUUGCCUUUGGAGGGAGCCAAGCCUGUGCACUCGCGGCACGAGGAGAGCGAGGAGCAGCCGCAAGGCGAGGAAAGUCUAAGCAACCAAAGCACCACCGAUGAUGUCUCUGACUUUGUGGAUGAGCCGCAGCUGGUGUCCAGCUCGGCGCAACUGGAGCAGGAUCACUCGCUGGAGGAAAUAGUAGCCACCAAUGAGUCUAUAGAGUUAAGCUAUGAGCCAGAGGAGCACACAAUAAGCAGCACGCAGCAAGCCGAGCAGCUGACAGACCUGGAUGCCGUUGCCACGCCCCUAACGGGCAGCCUGCAGCCUCUGAAGCUGCCACAGCUGCAGCAGCCGCAACUAAUGGAAGCCAAGUCGGCCAGAGCAUUGGAAACGCUGCAACUGCAGCCAGAGCGUCUAGAGCUAACCAUGCUGGACAUUGCAGACGACAGCGAAGAGGAAGAGUGUGCGCUGCAGUUGAUGAAGCUGCGUCUGCUGGCUUUGCAGCAGUCGCAAUCGCAAUCGCAGUCGCAGCUGGAGCUGUCUGGCAAGGCUUCACCCACAGAGUCGCCCGCGCCGCAAGUUAAUUUAAGUGGCGAACUCAAGCAAAUGGAACGCGUGCCCAUGAGCGAGUUUAGCAAGGAUGUGCUUGAGGACAUAACCGAGGAGAGCGAGCGUUUGCUAUCGCUUAGCACCAACGCCGAGGAGCAGCAGUCGCUGUCCAUUGAGGAGUCCAAGACGCUGCUGGCGGCAGGCAAGUUGGCCAGCAGUUCCAGUGUCAUCUCGCUCAACAUGCUGCAGCAGCUGGAGACGCAAGUACAGCAGCUGCAACAGCAACUAGAGACGAAGGACAACUGCCUGGCCUCACUCAAUCUGCAGCUGGAGUCGGCGCGACGCGAAACCAGCACAGGUCCCGGCUCAGCCAGAGACUCCAGCUCGCUGCAGACAAACUCCACGGAAUAUCGCACGCUCCAAGAGGAAUACGGCGCACAGACCUUGGACAUUUAUGUGGAGUUGUCGCGUCGCGAUGACAUGAUUGCCAAGCUAACAGAGUCACUGCAGCAGUCGCUCGGCGUGCGUGAGCAGCUGCAAACAGACGCUGAGCGCCUGGGCGGCGAGUUGCAAGCGAUGCGCCGUCAGCUGGCUGAGGCUAUGCAUAAGAUGAAAGGCAGCAGCGACUGGGAGGCGCAGGCGGGCGCGCGUCUGUCUGAGAUUUCCAUGGACUUGAUAAGCGAAAGCGAGGAUGAGCUGGCGCCACAUCUGCCCAACGAUGAUGAUGAGCAUGACUUGGGAGUGCAGCCGCUGCCGCCCGAAUGGCCGCCAGCGUUCAGCAAGCAAAUUGAACAGUUCCAGAAGUGUCUGCUGCCUGGAGAGCUGCGUCCCUUUCUGCUGGUGCAGCGCAAGUUCGAUGACUACUUGACACAGCAAUUGGCCCAAAGCAAAGCGGAGCAUGCAGCCGAGCUAAGCCGCUGGCAAAGCGAGCAGCAGCAAAGCGAAGCCACGCACACCAAGCAGAUGGAGGAACUGCGCAAAUACUUUGAGCAGCGCUGUGCGGACUUGGAGAAGCAGUACUCGGAUGAAAUAUUCUCGCACAAGUCGCAGCAGCUGGGCGGCGACAGCUCCUCGGAGUGCUCAGAGGCCGAGCAGCUGCCACUGGAGCUGCCCUCCAAGGACUCAACGCCACGCAAGCGCAAACGCGCCGAACUGUUGCUUAGUCCCAGUCAUCGUCAGUUGACGCCCAGUGGCGUGGAUGCCAGCAAGCAAUGCAAGGAUGAACUGGAAAUCGCUGAGCUCAAGAUCUUCUAUCAAACACACAUACACGAGCUGAAGCGUGGCCAUGAGGAGCAGCUGCGCAAGCUGACCGAACGCCUGCGCUUCUAUGAACGUCGCCAGGUCGAAGACGAAGACUUUGUGUCCACACCCACCAAGCUGCCGCCUACCUGCGCCGAGGCUGCCACCCCCGCCGCCGCCGCCGGCAAUACCUCCUUAAUUAUUAUUGAUGAAGACGAGCUGAAUCCGAACAACGAGUCGCAGGUGAUUCAACGCAUUAUUGCCGAAUACGAGCGUCGACUGCAGGAGCAACUGGCGUUGGCUCGCCAGGACAUUGCCACCGAGUUGGAGCAACAAAUCCAGAGCUUGCUGUCGGAGAGCGCGGCCAACGAUCAACAUUGGCCCAAGGAGCUGAUUUUGCUGCGCGAGAAGUUUACGGCCAAAAGCCAAUUGGAAAUAACGCAGCUGAAUAUCAAACAUGCUGAAGAGAUGUCGCGCCUGAAACUUGAAUAUGAGAAGCAGCUGAAUCGCAAGAACAAGCGGCAUUUGACAUUUGAUGCUUCACGCGACUUGGACAACAUCAUAAGCGAGCGCGAUGGACUGCGUGAGUUGUCCAAAAGCUUUCGCCACGUGCUCUGCCGCUUGGCCAAGUGUGUGGCCAACUGCGAGGAUGAUUUGAAUGCCACCUUGUCGGAGGAGGUGCAGCGCAUAUUGACGCAGAGUCGCGGCCAUGAGAGUGGCGAGGAUGUGGAGCAUACGCUGAGCAGUUCACUGCUGCAGGUUUCGUUCAACAAUACCAAACGCCUGGUGCCCGAUGUGCACAGUCUGCUGGAGCUGGUGGAGGAUCCGAGCCUGCUGCAGUUCAUCGACAGCAAGAGCAAUGAAGAGCAGCAAGAGGACUUUGAUCUGGGCGACUGCCUGGAGCGUCUCAAGUCCGAGGCAGCGUAUUUGCUGCGUCUGUCCGAGGAUCUGGCGCCUGAAGUGGAUGAGCCAGAGAAGCAGGAGCAUGAGCAGUGCUGUGAGGCUGAGGAUGGUCUAAAGACUACAGCGGCAAACGGUGUGCUCAAAAUACUGCGCACUAAUUCACUGAACGAUCAGCAGCUGGGCGAGGCGCAUCAGCGCAAGAGCAGCCAAGGCGUGCUGCUCAGCAAGCCGCACAGCUCGCUGCCCAUUGAUCUGCAGCAACAUGCGGGCAAGGCAGCCUCCGAGCUAAGCUUCCAGCUGGUGGAGCUUAAGAAUCGUCUGGUCAAAUCGGAAACUGAUCGCCAGAAGCUGCAGCAGCAGCUCAGCAACACCAUCGAUCGCAAUGCGGAGCUGGGGCAUGAGCUGCAGACGCUGCGGGAUCAACUGUCGCAGCUGAACUCGCUCAAUCACACAGACUAUGCCGAAGGCUACGGCCUGGGCGACAUGAAGAGCACGCCCACGCAGCUCGACACUUCGGCCAGCUUUGUGCAGCUGCAGGAGCGUGCACGCCAGCUGCUCAUCUCGCCCACAAAGCAACAGCAAACGCAGCAGUCGCCUGAUAAGCCAGGCAAUGCCACUGUGGAGCUGCUGCAAAUGAUUGAGGACUUUUGUCGCGAGGGCGACAAGGUGGUGGAGUGCAACAAGAAGGACCGCGAGGAUCUGCAGUCACAGAUCGACACUGCCGACAAGCAGCUAAAGGCCACGCGCCUGUUUCUGGAAGAACAGGCCGCUGAGCGCGAGCAGGAACGCGAUGAGUUCCAGCGCGAGAUUGAGCAAUUGAAAGCGCAAUUGCGCGACAAGGAAAAAGAGCGCAGCUCCUUUGCCAAUGCCUCCGAGGAGUUGACGUUAGUAAAGCAGAAGCAUUAUGCUCAGCUGGAGGCGCAGUUGUCGGAGGUCAACCAAAAGUUGGCCGAAUCAAAUGCGAAGCGGGACACGUUCGAAGUGGAGCUCAAGACAUCCAUCGAUAAGAUUUUUAUGCUGCGCGAGAUAAUUUCGGAGCUCGAAACACAAGUGCAAACCAAAUCGUUGAAUGAGCAGGUGCUCACCGAAAAGUCCAAACAGCUGGAGGACUAUGUGCAGCUGCAAAUACGCUCCAAUGAUGCACUGCAGCAGGAAGUGCAUAGCCUUAAGACAGACAUUGGUGAAGGCUACCAGGCACGCAUACGCCAGCUGGAGGAGAAGCUGCAACUGGAGCGUCCAUCCGCUGAGCAAAGCAUUGUGCUCACCCAGCUCGCAGAGCAACUGCGUGACAUUGAAACCACCUUGGAGCAAAAAACCAAAACACUGGAAUCGCUGCACAACUCAAACACAGCCUCCAACUCGUGCAGUCUGAGUGCCACCGAGGAUGUCUCUGUGCAUACCAAGCAGCCCAACAUGCCUCGCUCAGCGGGCGGAACGCCAUCGCCACAUCAUCACUCAUUGACCGUGGAGGGCGUGCAGCGUGUGUCCGAGAAACUGGAUAAGCACACGCGCGUCGAGGAGGCGGCCAUCAAGCGUGUACGUGAUCUGGAAAUGCAAGUCAUGCAAAUGCGCGCCGGCUGUGUGGAAUUGCAACAUGAACGCGACUCGCUGCAAGGGCGCAUUGAUGAGCAAACUGAGCGCAUUUCCACGCUGCAGUCGCGCCUGGAGGAGCAACGUCAGCGUGCGGAGCAACUGCAUCGCGCCGGCACCUCGGAUCUCAACUCACGCAACCAUGAGCUGCAAAACGAGCUGCGCAAUCUGAGCGAGCAGCUGGCGGCGCGUGAUAAACAGAUGGCCAUGUUGCAGCAGCAACUGCAGCGCAGCAAGGAUGAGAUUACACGCCUGGAGGCAGAGCUUGGCCAGCGCAGUCAGCCCGAUCGCAGUCUGGUGCAGCGUCUGGAGGCAGAGCUACAGCAGCUGAAGGAAAAGAUGCGCAACGAGACGGUGCAGCGCCUGGCCAUGCCCGACUUGAUGGAGACCAUGCUGGCGGACAAGAACGAUGAGAUCGAUCAUCUGCAGCAGCAGCUGGAGGCCAAGGAGCGCGAGCUACAGGCCGCCAAGGAGCAAAUCAGUCCCAAGCAGGAUGUCAGCGGCAAGCACAGCGGGCGCACGCUCAGCGACAUUGGCUCCAUAACCGAGUUCCCCGAACCGGAAGUGGACCGGCGUGCCGUUCAACGCAGUCCAAGCGCCACGCUGCAGCUGCCAGACAAUGCGGGCGGCUUUCUACACCAGACAAUGGAAACAUCCAAGGAAGCGGUGGCAAACUUAACCUACAAGCGCACGGAUGACUUGAGUGGCUUUGUCCUGGCACAUCCUGUCAACACAUUUGAGCAUCCGCACUACUUCCAGGAUCAACACGCACUGGGGGUGACGGCCCAGAGCAGCGGCAAUCUGACGCCUGGUCUGGUGCCACGCCAUAUAAAUUUCUCGAAUCUCACCGAAGACUCUAAGCUCAAGACUCCGUGCAUGUUGCAGCAAACUCCGGAGCUGCCCAAGGCGCUGACACCUAUGCCCGAGCUGCUGCAGCUGCAACAACAGCUAAACGAUCUGGAGCAGCAGAAGCAGCAGCAGAGAACGCAGCUGGAACGCAAUGUGGCAGAGCUUAAGGAGCAACUGCAGCAGCAGCAGCAGAGCGAGCAGCAGUAUAAGCAGCGCAUAAGUGCGCUGGAGAGCAAGUUGCUGGAGACGGCGGCGCUGGAGGCGUCGGAGCGUGAGAAUCUGCGCAGAGAACUCAACGUAGUGAGCGCUGCUCAUGACCAAUACGUGCAGCAGCAACAGCAAACGGCGGCGGCGCGUCAGCAGCAAAUUGAGACACUAACAGCGGAGCUGCGAUCCAAGACGGAGCAGCUGCAGACAGUGGAGCGUGAGCUGGAGCGCUUGAAGCACAGCGAACAGAGCUCCAGGCUGUACUCGGUGGACGAAAUAGCGCAGCAGGUGGAGAAGGAGCUGAACUAUUCGGCACAGCUGGACUCCAACAUACGCAAGGCCAUUGAGAGCGAGGAGGAAAACAAUUUGGACCACAAGCUGCAGCAGAAGGAGGUGCAGACGGACGAUGAACAGGUUGCGCGCACUGGACACGGCACCGACGAUGAGAACUUCACGGGCGAGCGUGAGCUGCUCAAUCAGCUGGAGGCGCUGCGUGCUCAGCUGGCCGUGCAGCGUGAGCAAUGCGAAACGAUGGCCCAGGAGCUGCAUGGCGAGAAGCUGCACUCGCAGGACAUACAGGAGCAGGACGUGCUCAUCAUAGAAGCCAUGCGCAAGCGUCUGGAAACCGUGCUGGAUACAGAAGAUGAGCUGCACAAGCAGCUGGACAUGGAGCGCGAACGCUGCGAGCGUCUGCAAACGCAGCUGACGUCGCUGCAACGCGCCGAGAGUCGCCGCAACAGCUCGAUGCUCAAGUCGCCAGUGGACUCGCCACGCAAAUCGCCGCGUGCCGACUUCGAGUCUGAGCUCAGCGAGCGACUGCGCAGUGAACUCAAACUGCUGACGGCGCAGAAUGAACGUGAGCGGGAGCGCUCGGCGGAUGCGCAACGCAACAGCGAGCGGGAGCGUCAGCGUUACGAGAAGGAGCUGCAGGAACGGGUUGCCUACUGUGAGCGUCUGAAGCAGGAAAUGGACAAGUUGGCGCGGGACAAGGAGAGCGCCGAGCUGGAGCUGGAGCAUUUUAAUGAGCGUCUCACGCUGCAGGCCAAUGAAAUUGAGAGCCUGGAGUCACGCAUGGUCGCGAUGCAGGAGGCGGAGACGCGUCGCGCCAGCACGCGCACGCGUCAGCAUCAGGAGCAGGCCAAACUGCAGGCCGAGCUGCUGGAACUGCAGUCAAAGUUGCUGGCCGCCGAGUCAGCCAAGGAGACACUGGAGCAAAAGAUUGCGCAGCUGCGCUAUGACGUCACGCGCUCGGCACAGCGCGAGACGAAGCUGACGGAGGCGCUGGCCCAAGCCAACGACAGACUGGCGCACAGCACCGAGGACACUGUGCCCGCGCAGUUUCUGCAAAAGAUGAAGGACAUCAAUGCGCUGCUGGCCGAGAAUACACAAGAGAAUCGCCAAAUGGCGGAGACCGUGCAGUAUCUGGUGGGCGAGCGCAUUGCGCUGCAGAAGAAAUGCGAGGAGCUGGGCAGCAACGGCGUCGGCGAGCUGGAGGAGCGUUGCCGCCAGCUGCUGGGACGCUAUCUGCGCGUCGAGUCACAUCGCAAGGCUUUGGUCUACCAGAAGCGAUAUCUCAAACUGACGCUGGAGAGUUACCAGGCCAGUGAACAACUCGCGCUACAGACGCUGCCGGGAUCCCAGCUGCCGGCGUCGCAGCAGCAGCAGCGCACCAAAAAGAAGCUAUUCAAAACUGUCGCCUUAGCGAUCAUUGCCAUACAGCGCAUCAAGUACAUCGGACGCAUUUGGCACACGGGCAAGCGUAUUGUGAGCAAGUCGGUCUUCACCAUUACACAACAGAGAUCUGCUGCGAAUAUGAAUGCCAAUGCGUCGGCAGCAAGCAAUGCCAAUCUGAAUCUCAACAACAACUUGCCCACCAAUGCCAACAUUGGCAGGUCGUCUAAGCUAUGCAACGGGCCAAUCCCAUACUGGCGCCAGUUGGUGAAUUUCAGCGCGCUGCAGCCCAUUGUCUUGGCCAACGACUACAGUCUGCAGAAGCCCCACUGUCACAAUAACAAUAAUAACAAUAACACAAACAAUAACAAUAACAACAAGGACAAUGACAGCGAUCUGCCAACGCUGGCUAAACUGGACUGGCCAAUCGCACAGAAGCCGAAGCGCAUCAAUGCGCGGCACCAUUAGUUAACACAAAUUGGAACCUGCUCAAAUUUAAGAACCCAUAUUUUUCUAAGUACCAUAGACACAAAGCUGUAAGACAACAUAAUAAUUUUAAAUGUCAUAUUCCUUAAGUGUAAGUUUUAAGCUGUUUUGUGGCCCCAGCUUGAUUUUGUAACUAAGCAUGUAACUAACUUUUAGUUAAGCGCCAAACCUAACAAAACCCCAAGUGUAUGUAAAACUUAUUUAUACCUGAAAAACAAUUAGUUGUAAUUCAUUAUUUGAUUUAAGUCAGCCUUGUCUUGAACCCAGUAUUUAAUUAUAGUUUAAUUUAAUUUUAUUGACUAACAAACUUGCCUUUUAAGUUGAUUUACAAACUGACUGCUUCAAUUGUUUUAGCCUCGAUUAAAGUCUACUGAUUUAUAACAAGUUAAGGCCUUAUGUUUUUCUAUUAUUAAUAACAACAUAAACAAAAUGUGCCUUGUUGGGCUAGGCGCUUAAUGUUAAAGUUAAAAAAUAAAAAACAAUACAAAUGUCGUUCAGUUGAAGU